ACUAACAAAAACAGCUGACAGCCAACAAUCUGUCUCCCUUUCCUUAACCCCGUUUUCCAGGCGUCGCGCUGCACCUGGAACCCAUUCUUAGAUGGCCAGGAGCACCUCCUAAGGACAUGUACAAAUCCAUGCUGCGCACCGUUUCCCUCCAGGCCAGAUCCAUUAGCAAAAUCGGUAGUGGAAAGCGCAAACAGAAAACGGGGAAGGAAGAGAUGGAGGCCCGCUACGACUUCAACAGGCGAUGGAUGCAGCUGCGCCAAGCGGGAUCUAGCCUAAGGAGGGGCUCCGAGCAGCACCCAUCUACAUUCAAGGUGGUCUCGUACAAUAUCCUGGCCCAAGACCUGCUAAUGGAGCACCUCUACCUCUACAUGGGAAUCCAGCAAGAGUGGCUAACUUGGCGCCGCCGACAGCAGAAUCUGCAGCGAGAGAUACUGAAACUGGACCCCGACAUACUGUGCCUGCAAGAGAUGCAGUACGACCAUCUGGCGCUACUAAUCCAGGGACUGCGCAUGGGCCACGGCCGACCGCUGGAGUACGUGUACAAAAAAAAGACCGGACACCGGACUGACGGAUGCGCCAUAGUCUACGACUCGUCCAAGUUCCAGUUGCUGGAUCAGCGGGCUGUGGAGCUGCACGACCAACAGGUAGCUCUACUGAAUCGUGAAAACGUAGCGUUGUUCGCCAAAUUUCGCUUCAAAAUGGAUCCGGAUCCGUGCAAGGAGUUUGUGGUUGCCACCACCCACUUGCUCUACAACCCGAAACGAAACGAUGUCCGCUGCGCUCAAGUGAAUAGAAUGUUGGAGGAACUUAGCAACUUCUCGGAUGAUGCCCCGGUUGUCCUAACUGGCGACUUCAACAGCCUAGGAGACUCCCCUGCCAUCGAAAAGCUCAUUGGUCGACAAGAUAAACGGGAAACAGAAAAGACGGAAACGGAAAACACCCGAAUGCGUUUUGAGAUUGUGAAUCCCGGCGAGGGAACCGGCUCCACCUAUCAGGACGACUGGAUCAUCGUGGACUACAUCCUGCGUUCGAUUAGCUCGCGCGGCAACUACAAGCUCCUACCUGUCAGCAUAUACACCCUGCCUUCUAUAAACCGUUGCAACAGCGUGGGUCGCAUCCCCAACCACUACCUCGGGUCGGACCACUACGCCCUGGGUGCAGUGUUUGCCGUUGUCUAGUAUUAGAACUUCACCUUCACUCGGACUCAUUAAUAAAAUAUUCGAAAUUUUUAGCUAAAAA